AUGCUCUCGACUAUCCCUCCUCCACGGCCUGUGUCGGUCAACUCCUUGGCCAGACUCCCGGCCUCCCCUUCCCUCACGUACCAGAAAACGGGUCGAAGCACCAGUGGAGAGAUCCCCGCGUACGAUGGCCCGAACGACCCCCCUCCUGCCGUGACACGUCCUUUGGAGUGUUCCGACGCCGACGACACAGAAAUGGAGGAUAUCUCCCUGGCGGCAGAAGAGCAGAGGCCGGAGAAUCGCACGGGGAUUCGCUUCGAGAAUCUGCCGAUCGAGAUCCAUGAGGCUAUUCUGGAUCACCUAUUCGGAGAGCGCGUGUCGGCCAGCAGUGCAGGCGGUUCAACCAUUCGUAGCUGGGCCAAAGCACUUCGUCAUCCGCGACGGAAGGUCCUCUCAAAUCUUGCUCUUAUCUGUCCCGUGUGGAGACAGCUAGUCCAGGGUCGUAUCUAUAGACAUAUCAAAGUCAAAGGUACUAUCGAUGGCUUGGCGGAAUCUACUACAUGGUUUCAGGAGCACCCGUAUCUUGCUGCCCACGUCCGUCAUAUUGAGAUAUGGGUACCCGUGUGGGGGAACCGCGCCAACAAAAAUGCGGCGUUGCAUCAGCCCCCUGCGCGGCGCUAUCAGAAUGAGGACACGGGACUAGCAGAUGUCACCGCAAUGCUCCAAGUGUCGAUGGCUUGGGUCACGAGCGAUACGCACCAUGGAAACAAUUGUAACUAUCAUUACGCCAGUCACAAUGCUACCAUGGAGGAAAUCUUCGACCACGUCCAGGAUCACUUCAGUGACGCGCGCAUUCUCACGCUCGAGGGCGGCCACUGCAAGAAACCGCCUAUGAUUCUCCAUUUUCGCAGCCCCAUGUCGGACGGGAAGCAUCUAGCUGAACUUCCGAACAUCCAGGUUUUUGUCAUGAGAGGCGCGUGGAAUAUCAUGCGAGACUAUGAGCACUGGUGCAACAUCGCUCGCGCUCUGCCCUCUCUCCGCGAUUGGGACUGUGCGUACGCGAAGCCCAAGCCGGAGUGCUACGGCACACUCUCGAAAGUCCUGACCACCCUCCCAAUCUCUCUGUCCCACAUGAACAUCAACCUCGAUGGCUUCUACAGCAAGGACAACAUCCAGUCUGCCUGGUUUGGUGGGGACGGCUCCAAUCCUGAGCCACACCUUUGCCGACUUUUGGGAGAGGUGGCCCCCCGGCUGGAGACUCUGACCUUCACCGGUAAGCUGUGCGUCUGUGUAUUCCACGCUGCGCGACUCGUCGCAUCCAAGCUUCAAUCCGAAGCGCGACUCAAGUCCCUGGAUCUAGUGGUCAAGACGUGCUGUCGCGAGAAACGAUCGGACCUCGGUCUUCCGCUUCUGGACGACGCGGCCGGUAUCACAAAUCUGCGUUUUAUCCGUUCCUUUGAGAAGUUGGUGAUAGGCGCUAUUCGAGCUCUCGAGUUCUUCCCACGGCUCGACUGCAUCCGCAUCCGUUUCAUCGACCUGGAUUCCGCAUGUCCCCUGCUCAACCCAUACUUCCAGAUGACUAAAAACCGCUGCACCGGGAUUUGGAGCCCUGCCAUCCUCGACGCCCUCGCCGACGUGCGCCCGCAGGCCUAUUACGUCGAGCUGGCCGAUGGAAUCUAUCCGCAGUACGGCCCGAACCAUCAGAUCGUGGGCGCUGUCUACCCGCGUGCCCGCCCACAGAGCAUCCAGGUAAACAUGUACAAGAUCAUUGCCGAUGCGUCCAAGCCAUGA